GUCUGCGUAAGCUCCUUCAAACUAGGCAGCCAGAGGACAUGGAGGUGGAGAAACCAGACCGGAAGAAGCGGAAAGUUCAAGGAAGCAAAGCGACAAACGGUGAUGGGGUCUCUGUAUAUUCUACGAAUCAAUUUGCAGCGCUGCGCACUCUCAAAAAAGUACGGCGCCCUGCGGGAUCUGAACUUUUAAGUACUGGUCCUCCACGGCUGGAACCCACACCUUCUACUGGUUCGACGAUAAGCGAACUGUCGUCUUUACCGUCUGAUAGAGAUGAGAUACGGGAGACCAGCGCUCCUACUACGAUACUGUCAGGAGGGUCCGGACAACGGGGGAGGAAGAGACAAGUUGAGGAGAGGAAAUGGGAGACGCACUUUCCGGAUAUGAAUGCUGUCUCUUCAUUCCAGCCGUCCGUGGGAAACGUAGUGUCUAAUAACUCCAAUCUCUGUGUGGUUGCACUGAAGCCUGAGGAGACCAUAUGCUUCCAAGGCAUGGUACUUGCGACUCCGAUCAGUGGGUGUUUAUCUGUGUUCGGUCAUCGAUUGGUUGCAAGCACAGCAUGGAAAGACAUUGCGACCAGCAAAACGAAAGCCAACCGAAGCUCCUUGCCUCCGCUCGCUUUCUACCCAUGCUUUUCUCCAAAGUCCCAAAGCCUGUUGGUGUUGAAAGCCGAUGCAUUGCCCGAUAGUAACACAUCCUCCACUCCGGUCAAAGACUUACCAGCGAUACAGCUUGCAGACAGAACAAUAUCACAAGCGAUUCUGGAUCUUGUAAUACAACUGAAAACAAGAGCCGAUCCUAGUGUGACCAUCAUUGCGCUUCAAAGUAUGACAUACAGCAAUUUGCAAGGUAUCGAGGGAUGCAUGCCACUUUUAAAAGGCUUGCUCAAGGAUGAAGUCAAUGGGAACUUUUCGAUCGGUAUCCCAGGUUUCUAUCCGAUCUUUAAUCCUAUACCAAACGUCACAGCCUUGUCGAUACCGCAUCAGUGGAGUGACGUCGCAACGUCGAUAGCGUCUUAUGUUGAUCCGGGACAGCGUAAAGUCAUUUGUAUUGUGGGAAGCAAAAAUAUGGGCAAGUCGACACUUGCUCGAUAUCUUAUCAAUCGGCUACUGAACUGCUAUCAGGAAGUUGCGUUUCUAGAAUGCGAUAUCGGACAACCCGAAUUUACAUCUACAGGACUCGCGUCGUUGAAUGUAGUAACAGCUCCUUUAUUAGGUCCCCCGUUCACGCACCUUCAACCUCCGCGUCGAAGCUUCUAUCUCGGUGCGACAUCAGCGAAGCACGAUCCUGACUAUUAUCUAGAAUGUCUACAUGAGCUCUACAAUGAGUAUGAGAAUACCAUUGCAGGUACCAAUAGCGGUAACAUGGUUCCACUCGUCAUCAACACCCACGGAUGGAUAAAAGGAAUGGGGGUCGAUCUCCUGGUCCAUUUCUUAGCGCGAGUUCGGCCGACCAACAUCCUUCAAAUGUCCGUUCCCAAUAACACUCCCCAAAGUUCAUCGAAGAACCUAAACGUUGAUUUGGCUGACGUUUUGUCGAACAUGAUCGGGAACCAAACAAACGUCUGUGUAACCCAAGUGCCAGCUAUUGACGAUAGUGCAGCAAGAGCGAAGUUUGGCGCAAGCGACCACCGUGCGCUGGGUCUCUUGUCAUAUUUCUACCAAACUCUCGGUCAUCCAGCUGCUUUGGCCCUGUCUGAGACCAAGCAGCCUCAUUGGUGGAGUUUCCACGAGGCAAUAACAGCAAGGGUACCAUACCAAGUUCCCUUCAAAUCUUUGAAGAUUCGCUUCAUGCACGGCGAGGUGCCAUUUAGUCAGACAUUUCAUGCACUCAAUGGUUGCGUGGUAGCACUUGUCAUUGACCAAACGGCGUACGAGACACCCCAAAAUGUAUCAUCUACCGUAGAGAUAUCAGACGAAGACGUAUACCAUGAAGCUGCUAAAUCCUUACGCAUCGUACCGUCGCAGAUUCCACUCAUUCCUGCAUCGCAUAAUUGCGUCGGACUUGGCCUGGUACGCAGCAUCGACAUCGAAACCGGUGUUUUUUACAUUGUGACAGGCCCGAUUCCACCGAAACAGCUUGCUGAAGUCAAUAUGCUGGUGCGCGGGGCGGCAAUGGAAAUACCUGUCAACUUGGUUACUGCUGGAUACGAGAACAGUCGCGCCCAUCUGCCAUAUACAACGCACUUGGCCUCAGAAGGAAUCGGCUCCCUUGCAUGGCGGACGCGCCAUAAUCUACUGCGACGACGACGACCUCCUGGUGGAGGUACUCCAGUUUCAUAAAUAAGGAUGAUUAUUAUAAUUAUGCAAAUGUAUGUACACAUCAUUAUAUACGUAAUUUUGGCAUCAAGUGCUCAGUGAUGCGAAAUUAGUGACCCGAAAUAUAUAUACACGUGGGUGAGAAUUCAUGGUUAGAUCGUUGAGUGUUAGCUCUAUCCACUCCUACGAGAUGACGGCGUAUAGAGGGC